AUGGCCGAGGCCGAGAUGAAAGCGAGUAGACGAUAUGUGAUUGAAAAUCAUCGACCCGUUAGGAAAAUCAAUUACGAAAAGGGGGCCACCAAGUCUGGGUUGUUGCCCCGCCACCCCGAGAAGAUCAGUGCCGAAAGGUUCGAGAAGCUCGAGAGUUUUGUCAAGGCCACGUCGUACUACGAUAUCCCUGCGAUCGAGAAGGCCUGCGCCGGCGUGGACAACGGCGCGCCGUACCCGCAGCUCGAUGGGCAGCUCAUCCUCUUGCGUGCGGCGGAGAGGGCUGGUUAA